CAAUUUCCUCAUCCUCUCUCUACAGGUAACUUGGCUGACGGUGCGAGAGGAUGAAAGCUAAUGGCGACUUCUGAUGGUACCCUGGCCGUGGCUCUUGGUUUAGAUAUUAGUUUGGAUUUGAGCAGCAUUAGAGUGAAACAAAAAUUCUGGCUUUUGGUGUCUGGAGGGAUUAGAAUCUCACCGCUGAAAUCUGAGAAGAGGAAGUAGAAUGGGCAAAGUGUCCCCUAAAGAAAAAAUGUCCAAGACAUCAAAGCAGACAUCGAAGCAAAAGAGGCGCAUCCAUGGUUCAAACAAGUAUUUGAAGCCAGGUGCUCUUGCUCAGCUUCGUAAUAGCAAGGCAUCAGCAUCCAAGUCAUGUACAGAUAUAGGGAAGAAGAAGGUUGAUGUUAUGGAUGAAGAGAAGACUGAUCGUGAUAUUCUGUUUCAGGAUAAAUGUGGAAAUGAUAUUCCAAUAAUUUUAUCACCUGAAAAGUUCAGAUAUAAUCCUGUGGCUGGACCAGUUGAUUUGCUCAAGGAGAAUAAUUUACAGAGAACGCCCAGGACGCCCCGCCCUGAAGGGAAUGGAUCAGAUUAUGACUCCAGGCUUGAAUCUCUUCCGAUGGAAUUGCUGGUCAAAAUACUUUGCCACCUUCACCAUGACCAACUAAGGGCUGUUUUCCAUGUCUCUGAGAGAGUCAGAAAGGCUGUUGUUAUAGCUCGUCAAUUCCAUUUUAACUAUACCACACCAGACAGAUCUCGACAAGAAAUAUUGUGCACUUCAACGCCACUACCUACCGAACACUGGCCUUUUCUGAGCAAGGGAGAUGGUAAGAGCAACGAUUUUACGCUACCAAGCACUCCAAAAGCACCUAGGCAUGGACCUCGUCCUCCUUCCCGCCUCAAAUUGACGGAAAUGCGCCAAAUUGCAGCAGUUCUGUUCCAGGAAUCAUCAGCAUUUCCUCCGAGGUACAUUGUUCCAUCUCUCUUACCAAAACCAAUAUGCAAGUCAUUUGCUUCCAACCGAGUGUUGUUCUACGAUGAAGAGCUUGAGCUUUGCCAAGCUGUUGCUCAGAAUAAACUUCGUUAGUGGGCCCCUCUUUUAUGAUGUACAGCAGUAU